AUGUCCCGCGACAGAUCGUCUCGCCGCUUCUACCGGUCGGAGUCGACGCAUGACCUCCUAUCCUAUAUGGAUCGCGGUCAGGCCGCGAACGAGGAGAACAGAUGGACCUUCGAGACGGCUUGGGAGGCGGCUAACAAAGUGGGUGGUAUAUACACCGUGAUAAGAUCAAAGGCCUUCGUGUCCACUGAAGAAAUGGGCGAUAACUAUUGUCUUUUAGGCCCUUACAAAGAGACUUGCGCCCGUCAAGAAGUUGAAGAAGCAGACUUCGCGCCCAAUUCCCCCCCUUACGACUGCCGUCAAUGCGAUGAGAAGCCAAGGAUACAAAUUACAUACAGGCACAUGGACAGCUACAAGCAGGAGCUCUGGGACACCUGCUCCAUUGGUAUACCGCAUCUGGACGUCGAAGCCAACGACGCGGUUAUACUGGGCUUUAUGGUCGCGCAGUUUAUUAUUGAGUUCCGCAAAGCAGCUGAAAACUACAGCGACACUCCGCCGAGGGUAGUUGCACAUUUUCACGAAUGGCAGGCUGGUAUUGGUCUUAUUGUAUUAAGAGUUCGUCACAUAGAUGUCGCUACAGUGUUCACAACUCACGCGACGCUCCUCGGUCGAUAUUUGUGUGCUGGCAACACUGAUUUCUACAAUAAUUUAGAUAAAUUCUCAGUAGACGAAGAGGCGGGAAAGAGACAGAUAUACCACCGGUAUUGUAUGGAGCGUGCGGCCGCUCAUAUGACGCACACAUUUACCACUGUUUCGGAUAUUACGGGUUUUGAAGCGGAGCAUUUACUAAAGAGAAAGCCAGACUUUAUAACUCCUAACGGUUUGAACGUGAAGAAAUUCUCAGCCCUGCAUGAGUUUCAAAAUCUGCACGCAUUGGCUAAGGAGAAAAUUAAUGAAUUCGCUAGAGGGCAUUUCUACGGACAUUUCAACUUCGAUCUGGACAAGACGCUUUACUUUUUCAUUGCGGGUAGAUACGAGUUCGGCAACAAAGGUGCCGAUAUAUUUAUAGAGGCUCUUGCACGGCUGAAUCAUUACUUAAAGUCCUCCGGCUCGGAAAUGACGGUAGUUGCAUUUCUGAUUUUCCCUGCCAAAACUAAUAACUUCAAUGUGGAAAGUUUACGUGGACACGCGGUUACUAAGUCUUUGAGAGAUACCAUACAGGACGUUCAACAGCAGAUUGGGAAGAGGAUGUACGAUAUUUGUUUGAGAGGCCAUCUUCCUGACACUUCUGACCUCCUACAGAAGGAGGACACGGUUCGCUUAAAGCGUUGUAUAUACGCAUUACAACGGGACGGGUUGCCGCCGGUCACUACGCAUAAUGUCGUUGAUGAUUGGAGCGAUCCUUGUCUUAACUCGAUUCGGAGAUGUCACCUUUUCAACACUGUCAAUGAUAAAGUUAAGGUGAUAUUUCACCCCGAGUUCCUGACAUCCACAAAUCCAUUAUUCGGUCUUGAUUACGAAGAAUUCGUAAGAGGGUGCCACUUAGGCGUUUUUCCCUCCUAUUACGAGCCCUGGGGAUAUACCCCAGCCGAAUGUACCGUUAUGGGUAUACCCAGUAUUACAACUAACCUAUCUGGUUUCGGCUGCUUCAUGCAAGAGCAUAUAGCAGAUCCAAUGUCGUACGGUAUUUACGUCGUGGAUCGCCGAUACAUUUCGCUAGAGGGCUCUGUACAACAAUUGGCCCAGUAUAUGUAUGAUUUUACCAAAUUGUCCCGGAGACAGCGCAUUAUACAAAGAAACAGAACGGAACGGUUGAGUGAUCUUCUGGAUUGGAGGAAUUUGGGUAUUUACUACCGCCAGGCACGGGCGGAGGCGUUGCAAAUAGUAUAUCCGGAUUAUGUGGACCACAUGCAAAUUGAACUUGGCAAGAGAUUCAACUACCCGCGGCCCAUUUCCGAGCCACCCAGCCCGACGCAUUCUAGAGCGACAACCCCAGCUGCAUCAGUUCACGGUUCUGAUGAUGAGGAUGAAGUGGAUGAGGAGAAGGAGCUAGCUGAAUUAAGGAUUUCUGAUCAUUAA